UACUUGUCUGCUGAAAAUCCUGCAGUAUACUGUUUUUUGGGAAAUUAGACCAACUAAAGUCUACUAAGUAUUCAUUUUAUUUUCUCAAGGUUUUAUCUUAAGGAUUUGAAACAGGCAAUGUUUUGGUCCAGGGAUCCACAUUAUGAUAUUAGUCAGCUGAAAAACUAUAGUUGUUCACGUUAUCUAUGCUUUUUGUUUGCAGAGACAAAGGCUUGGGAAGUGGAUACCUUGAGAGGUCAUAUGAACAAUGUGUCAUGCGUUAUGUUCCAUGCCAAGCAGGACAUAAUUGUAUCAAACUCAGAGGACAAGAGUAUUCGUGUCUGGGAUGUAACAAAGAGAACUGGGAUUCAAACUUUCCGUCGAGAGCAUGAUCGCUUUUGGAUCCUUGCUACUCAUCCUGAGAUGAAUCUUUUGGCGGCAGGUCAUGACAGCGGCAUGAUUGUCUUUAAACUGGAGAGAGAACGACCUGCCUUUUCUGUAAGUGGUGAUUCAAUGUUUUAUGCUAAAGAUCGCUUUUUGCGAUAUUAUGAAUUUUCAACCCAAAGGGACGCACAAGUUAUUCCAAUUCGACGACCAGGUUCAACAACUCUGAAUCAGAGUCCUAAGACUCUUUCGUAUAGUCCCACUGAAAAUGCCGUUCUUAUCUGUUCUGAUGUGGACGGUGGAUCUUAUGAGUUGUAUGUCAUACCCAAAGAGAGUGUUGGUAGGGGUGACCAAGUACAAGAGGCAAAGAGGGGUAGUGGGGGUUCUGCUAUUUUUGUGGCUCGAAAUAGGUUUGCUGUGCUCGACAAAAGUACCAACCAAGUCUUAGUUAAGAAUCUCAAAAAUGAAGUGAUUAAAAAGAGUGGCCUUCCCAUUCCCACAGAUGCAAUAUUCUAUGCUGGUACAGGUAAUUUGCUAUGCAGGGCAGAGGAUCGGGUGGUUAUAUUUGAUCUCCAGCAGAGACUUGUUCUUGGGGAUCUUCAAACUCCUUUUGUCAAAUAUGUGGUUUGGUCAAAUGACAUGGAGAGUGUUGCACUGCUUAGUAAACAUGCCAUCAUCAUUGCUAGCAAGAAGCUUGUGCACCAGUGCACUCUUCAUGAGACAAUCCGUAUAAAAAGUGGAGCCUGGGAUGACAAUGGUGUCCUCAUUUACACAACUUUGAAUCAUAAAUAUUGCCUUCCUAAUGGAGAUAGGCAUUUUGAAGGGGGGCUGGAUAAUGUUGGCAGGGGAACAAUUGAUGAUGAGAGGAGGCUGGUAGGGAGAUGGGGCGAGGACCUUGAAAUGGUUAAUGUGGAUGGCUUGCAGAAUGGUGAUUCUGAAAUGUUGGAGGAUGGGGAAGUUGAAGAAGAGGAUGAAGAAGGUGGGUGGGAUGUUGAAGAUUUGGAACUUCCUCCUGAAGCAGACACUCCAAGGGCUUCCGCUAGUGCCCGGUCUUCAAUUUUUGUGGCGCCAACUCCAGGCAUGCCAGUAAGUCAGAUUUGGGUCCAGCGAUCAUCUCUUGCUGCUGAACAUGCUGCUGCUGGGAAUUUUGAUACUGCAAUGCGGUUGCUGAGCAGACAACUUGGAAUUAGAAAUUUUGCUCCUUUGAAAUCUAUGUUUCUUGAUCUGUACACAGGCAGCCACACCUAUUUACGUGCAUUUUCUUCCGCUCCAAUAGUUUCACUGGCAGUCGAACGGGGGUGGAAUGAAUCUGCUAGCCCUAAUGUGAGGGGCCCUCCAGCACUGGUGUUCAAUUUUUCACAGUUGGAAGAGAAGCUUAAGGCUGGUUAUAAUGCUACAAGAUAUGGGAAAUUCAGCGAGGCUCUUCGUCUCUUUCUUAGCAUUCUUCAUACAAUUCCCCUUGUUGUUGUUGAGUCGAGGAGAGAGGUUGAUGAAGUUAAGGAGUUGAUUAUUAUUGUCAAGGAAUAUGUUCUUGGUCUGCAGAUGGAAACUAAGAGGAGGGAACUGAAAGACAAUCCUGUCAGGCAGCAAGAACUUGCAGCCUACUUCACCCAUUGCAAUAUGCAAAUGCCUCACUUAAGGCUUGCCUUGCAAAACGCCAUGACUGUCUGCUACAAGGCAAAGAAUUUUGCCACAGCUGCUCACUUUGCGAGACGUCUAUUGGAGACAAACCCCACAGUCGAGAACCAAGCUAAGACAGCCAGACAGGUGCUGCAGGCUGCAGAGAGGAAUAUGAAUGAUACAACUCAACUAAACUAUGAUUUUAGAAACCCUUUUGUGAUAUGUGGGGCUACAUAUGUUCCAAUUUACCGGGGGCAGAAGGAUGUAGCAUGCCCAUACUGUAGUUCCAGAUUUGUCCCUAGCCAAGAAGGGAAGCUCUGUACUGUAUGUGAUCUUGCUGUUGUUGGCGCAGAUGCAUCAGGGUUGCUCUGUUCUCCUUCUCAGAUUCGAUGACUGAGCUGCUGAAUCGAGAGUGCUGUUCAACCAAUUCCCAGUUGAUCCUUUUGGCAGAUGACGCUCUCAUGUUAAUCAGUGUAUUCAUAUCUGCAGGUAAAAGGUAAGAAAAUACAACAGAAGAGUUACAUUCCAUAAGGAUUGUUUGUGCUAUCCUUUUCUUUGCCUUAUAUUCCUUGCUUCUUCAUGUAGGUGUUCAUGAUUUUCCAUGUAAUAAGCAUUUUGAGAAUUUUUUUGACUGGAGGCUGUUCUUGUUAUUAGUUCAUCAGGCAAGAACAGUCAAAAGGCUCUUGUUAAAUUAGAAAAUGGUUAUAGGCAGGAUGACUUGCAUAUUGAUGUACGCAGGUUUGUCAUUCAGCAAAAUUUGCUUAUUUUUGUGAUACUUCGGAUUUUUGGUUUGCACGGAUGAUAAUAUAUAUGGUCCCAAUUUCAUGCCUUA